ACAUUCUGAUCAAAAAUCAAUGUUCUGCUAUUGUCUUCUCUUCCAUGACCAUUGGAGGUGGGGGGGCAUGAUGGUGGAAAGAGACAGAAUUAUAAGUGGAAGAUUGUCAGAUGGAGCCUUCACAAAAUUCCACGAAUCAGCCUAUCCUUUGAAAACAGUUCGCUCUUCAUACCCAAGGUGCUUUUAAAGGACCACAAUGACCAGCUUCCUGGCCUGUGUAGUGUUGCUUGUCAGAAUCAUCACAGCUAGGCCCACCGAGGAGACAAGUCCUGCCAUACCAGAAGAUGCCAAGGCCCCGUUCCUGCUGAUUCAGCAGAAUGUCUGGGAGGAAAACAUAAACCUUACUAGCUUGCCUUGUGAGGUGCUGAGGAACCAGACAUCAAUCACCUUGCACGUCCAGAAUCAAAAUCUCACUUCCUUCCCUAAAUGUCUGCCGGAGCUUCUGGAAAGUCUCGAUUUGAGUGUCAAUCUUUUGCCAGAAUUGAAAAGUCAAGAUGUGGCUUAUCUGCCCAAACUGCGAAUCCUUUCUCUGAGACAGAAUCAGAUCCGAAAGGUGAUAUGGGGGACUGGAACUCUCAGCCAUCUACAGUUCUUAGAUCUGAGCUUCAAUUUGCUCUCGGUUGUACCUUCCUGCAUUACUUCUUCUUUGGACAAUCUGAGGUGGUUGUCUCUAGCGGGAAACCCUAUCAGAGAGAUCCAGCCUUUCGCCUUCUCCUGCUAUCCUCAGCUGCAUUUCCUGAACUUGUCAUCCACAUGGCUGGGAAAAGAUGGGGAAAUGGGGAUUUCAGAAUCUGCUUUUGCAACGAACUUGUCCCACCAUCCAAAGUCUACUGAAGAAGCCAGAAAAUCUCCGAUCAACGUCCUUGACCUCAGUGCAACCUUUCUGGAGAGGAUUCACGAGGACUGGCUCAAAGAGCUGCCACAGCUCACCUCCUUCUACCUAACACAAAUGCCCAAACUAAGAAGAUUGGAUCCAGUUGUCUUCCGCAAUCUCCCCAUGCUAAGAGAAUUGAACUGCCAAGAGUCCCGUGCGCUAAGUCUAGUUGAAACCAAGUCAUUCCACCACAUACCUCUUGUGGCCUCCCUAAUAUUUAAAAACUGUAACUUGAGCAACUUCAGCCCAUGGAAUCUCACUUCAUCGCACAACCUCUCCAUCAACCUCUAUGGAAAUCCUUUGGUUUGUCAUUGUGAAAUUUCUUGGUUGCUGUCAAACCCUGAUACAGUCAUUCUACAGAGGGCAUCAGACACCAUGUGCUAUUCUUCUCCAGGAGAUAAAGAAGCAUCUUCAUCUAUGUUGUUAUCCAAACUCUAUGAUCAGUGUCAAGCUCAGACAACCAUGCAUUCGACCUUGUCUUUGGUUCAAGGCAAACUGUACCACACCCUUAACAGCAUCACUACAGAAAUAUUGGCCGACUCUAGUACGUUGCUUCAAAAGUCUCUCAGUGAUUCCUUCAUCCCUCAAAGCACAUCUUUUAUCUCAAGAGAAUUAACAAGGAAGGAUCCAAGUAAGACAGACAUUCUUGCUUACAAAGAGCAAGCAGUUCAUAGAUCUACUGAGCACCCACUGAUUAUUGCACCUCGUAUUACAGAGUUCUCAACAAUCCCGGGAAAACUCUCUACGGAGCAUCCUGAAGAUACCACAACACCGUACCAGUCCACUUUACACAGUUUCACAACUGAAUUGACAGGAACACCUUAUUUUGAAGUUUCCAGUGAUUUGUUCAUUCCAUACAGUAAAACAGAUUCAAACGAGAAUGAUCUAACCCUUCAGGAUCCCACCAAACCUACCUCCCUUCCAAAUCUUGCAUCUACUAAUAGUCUACCGGAUUAUACAGAUGACUAUGAUUAUGAAAACCAGCAAGUGGCAUCUGUAGCCCAGGCCAUGGAUUUGUGUGAUUAUGAUCCAUGCAGGCAUCUCCAGAAGCCUUGUGUUGAUCUCCAAAAGUUGUCUUCCUGCUUGUGCCCAGGCAUGUCAGAUGAAUUCACCGUCCCAGAUCCGCCAAGAUUUCAUGAAGUAUCUGAAAUGAGGGACACUUCAGCCCAGAUCCACUGGUGCUCCCCAAAUUCUGCAGUAAGAUUCUACCAGCUUGCUUACCGUCCUAAAGGCAGCAAAAAGAAUUAUACAAAUUCUGGAGAGAUUUAUACUACCGCUAGGCAAUACACUCUGUAUAACCUUCUUCCUGGUUCUACCUACCAGGUGUGUAUAAUUGCCUGGAACAAGGCAGGAUCAAGCCGAACUACAGGCUGGAAUGAGCAUAAUCCUCCAUGCAGCACCUUUGUCACAAAGUCCAGCUACACAUCUAUCUUUGCGGCUCUGUGCGCAACAAGUGGGCUCUUUCUCAUAGCUACCAUAUUACUGUCAGUAUGUCUGUGCAAAAAAUACAAGACACCACAUAUAGAGCAAUAUAACACACAUCUAGUAUCUUAUAAAAAUCCUGCUUUUGAUUAUUCCAUAAAAUAAAUCAGGGUAAUGAGACUGGCAUAAAUAUAGGCCAUUGUUGUAAACUGUUUACCCACUAUGAUCAUUUUCCCCCCCUAUUCCUCCUAUUUCCUCCCUCCCAAAAAAAGUUAGAUUUUUUUUUCAAUUGUUUUGCUUUAGUAUUGCUUUCUCCUUCUGAAAUUUCUUCUCCAAUUGAAGCAAUCAGAAAUUAUUUUUUCAAUAUUUAAAACUAUAAAAAAAUAGCAAACAACCACCACAAAUCCUCAAAAUUCGGGCUAUUUUUAGGAGGAGAAAACACUUAAUCCAGCAUGUAAAGUAUUUAAUCCAAUUAGCAGAAAUAUCAGACUUGCCAGCAGGAAUAAGAAACUGAUUCUUCUCUGUCCUCUUGAAGCUGCCACUAUGCCUGCUCUUUCGGGGAGUCCCUCAAUUCUCCAGAGUGGAUUUGAUGGGAGACCGCUAAAUGUUGGUUGGCCCAGAGUCCCAGACCCAUUGGAUAUGAACAUUUUCAUGGACCAAAAAGUGUUACCAGGACAAUGUCAUAUGAGUGUUACAAUGCUGUAGUGAGAAAGGUCAUCCAAGAACAUAAAAAUAUCACCUAUGCUACAUAUUUCAUGGAACUCAAAAGCUUUCAUUCCUUCCCAUCUUUCCCUAUUGCGUCAGAUUGGAUGUUUAUGUACUCAUAACUUAUUUGUGCUAUGGAAAGUGCCUCCAUAUGCAUAAAUCCACUAUACUUCCUUCACUCCAUAGAGGAUAUGUUUUGAGCAGUGAUAUCUAAGCAGGCUGCCAAGGGAGGAUGGGGUAUCGUUAUGAAAAUAUUUGGCAUCAUUGCUUCCAAACGGAGGAUGAAAUGGUCAGAUUUUAACAGAUGAAAGUUGUCCGUUUCACUUGGAAGUAUUACUGUUCCAAUGUUCUACUUGUUUACUGUAAGUAGAUAGAUCUUCCUUUUCUUCAUCAGAUCUGAUCUAUUGUCAAUAAUGUAUUCUGUUUGCCGGAACCAGGGAUCCAAAAUGCAGAUUCAGGUCCAUCCAAAGACCUGAGAAUGCUGAAUGCCACAUCACAAACUAUAGGUGAAACCCGGAAGGAAACCCACACAGAAUAAGAAAGAUUAAUCUGAUAGCCCUGGACUUCCAACCAUUCAUUUAGUGGUCACUGGAAGUUGCAACAGCACUGAAAAAAGUGAUGUGACCAUUUUUCACACAACCAUUGCAGCCCCCUUACGUCAAGUGAUCAAAAUCCGGACACUUGGCAACUUAGUUGGACUGUCCCUGGGUCAUACUUUUUGCAACCUUCUAACAAGCGAAGUCAAGGGGAAAGCACAAUCCUAAGUAUUUCACUUGGACAGUAGACCAUAUUACAUAGUUGUUUUAGCUAGCUGCACUCUGACUUACACAAUUAUUAUUUUCAGAAAUAUUUUUGAGGGAGUGGCCUCUAUUUUUUAUACUAUAAGAUUCUCUGAUAUAAAGGUCAUAUUUUGAGAAAAACUAGUCUUCCUUUUAGAUUAAUUUCAGUGUUUAAAAAUAAAUCUAAUUGUUUCCAGUGGGGCUUACUCUUAAAACUAUAUAAAGAAUUCUAGAAAAACGAAUGAUAUCUGAGCACUCUGCUCAGGAAGCAUGUCCUAUUAAACUUCCAAAUAAAUAUGUUUUGGUUUAAACUGUAAGCAUAAUUUCUUUACAGAAAUCACUUAAAACUCAGAAUGUUUAUCUUCUCCAACGUAUUUAUGUAUAUGAUCUCUGCCUUAAAUUCCAGGGUGAACCUGAAAUGUAGGAAUCAAUUUUUUUUUCUGAAUUUUUAUAAAAAAAGAAAAAAUUGCACCCCAAUUUUUGUCUUCUUAAUUUAUAUUUGUUUUCUUAAAUUCCAAAUGAAAUUAUUUCAGCUUCUUAGUAAAGAGGUAAAUGUUUAUACAAAGUUCCUUUCAAACUAGAAUGUAUUAUUUGUGGCAUUUAUUAAAAGAUCAACUGUGCAACUUGCUAUUUUCACUCAAUUUAUGUACUUUUGUCAAUGAUAAAAUAUCAAAUAUUUUGUAACAUACAUUUUAUUCCUUGCACAUUUGAGACAUGAAGGAAUCUUUCUGUUAAGGUUGCACAAUGUGUAGGAAAAUAAAUCAAAGGUUUAGAAAUUUUAAGCAUUACAAUCUCUAUACAAUAAAUGUGUAUUCAGAGAAGCUGAUUUAAUGUCUUAUUCUACCUGAAUUAUCCUAAAAAAUGUAAUUCAUUGUUAUAAAAUAAGAUUUUAAAUAUCAUUUUCUCAUGAUUUCAAGUAUCUAUCUGUUUCAUUUGGUAUGGAAAUGAGAGAUGGAACAGAUGAUGAUUACACAGUCAACAGAUAAUUCUGGCAAGAAAAUGAAGAAACAAAAUAAGAAAGUUAGGCAGCAUAGAGCAAUUAAUUUUCCUGCUUAGAUCCAAUUCCAGCUGCUAGAUCAGUGGUAGUCAACCUGGUCCCUACCGCCCACUAGUGGGCGUUCCAGCUUUCAUAGUGGGCAGUAGGGGUUUUGUCCGAUACUGAAGCACUUUCCUUUUUUUAAAUUUAACUGACUUUUUAAAAAUUUUCAUAGUAUUAUUUAAAAACAUUUUCAUUAGGUUUUCAUAAA